UCUAAAUUGUCCGUGCGUCCGCCCCAAAACACACAUGGACGCACCUAUGGCCUGUGCACAUCAGAGCCGUGUUCUCUUCUCGAACCCCAUCAAUGUCCAUGAUCGAAGUUAGACCGUUAUCGAAAAGCUACUUCAUCAAGGCGAGCAAGAACGUCCUCUUCCUUUUAGCGUCUUAUAUGCAGAGGCAAACACCGCGCACAUACAAACUGUUCUUGCACCUACCAACUACAACGCCUUGCUCAACAUGUCCUUGUUCUCACCAGAUCUACCGCCUUUCAUCGCACAGCAGGUGACCUGCGUCUAUCCACUGACAGACAGAUAUGGCGCUCUCCCACGAACAUUCUACUACUGUCUCCUAGCAGCAUGCUUCGUGACGCAACAUCAUGGUUGGAUGAAUAAAGUCUUUCUGGGUGCCUCUUAUACAUAUGCCGCCACAGCUGCCAUCCACACCUUCGUCCUCAGGGCCAGACAGUCACCAGUGAGUCCGGGUGAGUGGGUCGACAUCCCGCUGGUAUCCAAUGCAACGUACAACUCUACAGUAAUGAGCGCGUUCAAGGCCAAAUAUCCGAGACUGGUGACCAACUCCCAAAAUGUUUGGGUCCAGCCGGCAUCCAUGGAUCUGGAUGUCGACGCACUCCUCGCGAUCACGGUGACGGGUUUUCUCGUUGUCCUCCCAAUGCAAUGCUGGUCCAGCGCCGUCCGGGGGAAUCGUCUACGAUACCUGCUAGUCAGUAUCUGGAGCGCAAUAAUGUUCGCAGGCGCAAUAUGCUCUCUGCUCCUCUGGCCGCGCCUGUUCUACACCCUACCACAAUACUCGUUCUGUAUUCCUCCCGCAGUGGGAAUGUCGCUCAAGGAGAACAUGCAAAAUCCGGGUUGGAAUUCCAGGGUUUGGCACGGCAAUUGGAACAGUACGAUAUGGUCAAUUUUCACCGACACAGGCACGCUCACCGAGCUGGGCGAGCUUUGCUUCAAUCCUUGCUUCAACACCACCUCGGCCCUUCGAGUACCUUCGCGACUGACCGCGACCAUGCAAAUGGAGGACUCGGGACGGUUCACGGACGUGCAUUCGACAUGGGACCACCUGGCCGAUGACGAAUACAGACGACAACUCGUCUACAAUGCGAUAUUCGUGACGGUCGCAUGCAAUGUUUUCCUGCUGCUGGUCACGGUGGUGCCGAGUGUCACCAAUAUCCCCGUCCACCAGCCUAAGCGUCUGUGGAGGGAGCACCAGGCGAUAUGGUCAAGCAUCAUGGAUCAUGCAAGGAAUGCGUUCAGCCUGUCAACGUCGGCGAGAGCAUGGACCAGCCGUGCCCGUCUCUGUCUCGACUUACUGAUUCUGUGUGUCUUGGUUUUUGCAAUGGUCGCAUCGCCUGUUGUUUUGAUACUGGUCAUUGUCUGGAUCGAAGGCUUUAUCAGGAAGGAUCUUGUGAGCGGGGCAUACUUUGCGGUCAAUCAAUGGGGACCCUUGACACAGUUCGCGUUUGUGCUGGUCGCGGCGUUGAUUAUGAAACUUCGGUACCGUUUUGCGGCGAGGUCGGAUAUCGAGAGUGAGAUCCGACGUACUGAGGGGCAUCUCAAGAAGCUGUAUGGGAUUCUCAACACACAGAGUGGUGACCGGAAUGAAGAGCAGAAUGAUGUGGUGAUUGACGAAGCUCGGCAGAUUGAGGUGCAGCCCGAGAAGCAGGUGUAGAUAGUGGUCAUACGGAUCCAGGUGGGACAAAUAUUAUGCACCAUAGAACCGAGUCGUGGGAGGUACUAAGGUUCAAAGAGAAUUCCCGUCGAAGUUGCAAAACGCAGAACGUGGAAUAUGAGUAUAGCUCAAACAGGAAAGA